UCUCCCCGACCCAGACCUCCUUCUCUCUGCCAUCCCAACCCCGCCGCCGGCCUCCCCCAUCCCAGCUGCCGACGACCUCCUCAUCGCCCCCAGCGCCGACCAUCCUCCCUUCCACCACCCCUCCUGUCCGAUUCGCCCCCUCGCGACCAAAUCUCGUGAGCCAAUUCCCCUUCCCUCCCCGCACGCCCACGCGCACGAUCCAGGAGGAGAUGGCCGCCGCCGCCGUCGCCCCCCAUCCCCACCAUUGACGGCCACCACCUCCUCGAGCGGGCGAGGCGGAUUGGCGGCCUUGACCAUGCCGAUCUGGCGGACACAGCCUCGAUCCAGAGGGAGGGAUUUGGCAGCCAUGGUGAUGGGGGUCGCCUCCCUCCUCCCUCCCCUCGACGCCCUCCAUAGUGAUGGCUCCGUUCCCUCGACGCCCGGUGGUCAUCCUCCCUUAGGCCACCCGCCCAACUUCGUCCUCCCGCAGCAGCUCACCCGCCCCUCCACCUCCUCCUCCUCCCUAACAGGCCUCUUCUCGUCGUCGUCCACAGGCGAUUCCAGCAUGGUGGUUGUCGGCUCCGCGGACACCUUCAAGGACAUCCAUGCCAAGGUGCAAGUGGAGAAGCUCCCCGCCGUCUUCUACUACACGGCUGUCUGGUGUGGGUCGUGUCGGGCGAUGGCACCUGUGAUCGAGAAGAUGAGCAGACAGUACCCCAAGAUACCCGUGUACAAGGUGGACAUCGACAUGGUGAUUAGGGACUGUUUUACAACACAUCAUCCUCUGUUUUUACACAUAGUUGUAGAAGAAAAUACUUUUGCUUAUUGCAAGUCGCGACUGUCAUGCGUAUGUUAUGAAUUCAUAAACUAUAACAUGUUUUUUUUGCCAUGGUGAAGGAGUAAACUGAACAAUUAAGUUGCUAGUUCAGUAUGUGAGUUGCAUCAUGAGAUGCUGCUGAUAAGAGAGAGGCACUCUCUCCGUUGUAUUUUCUGUUUAUUGUCUUUAGUUAAUGCGUCCCCAUGUCUUGGUAGGUAAUUAGUAUCAUGUCCAUGUUGAUGUCAUGCGAUGCUGCUGAUAAGUCUGAAAUUUUGCGUGCCCAAAAUCUAGGCUUCCCAGUUUAAUUGGGCAGCACUUACUGUCGUUGUAGCUACGCUUCUGGUUGCUGCGAGAAAAUGCUCGCUUCUGGGUGCGAGAAAAUGGUCUUGCGGUCUUAAUUUUUUGAUCCAGUGGAUUAUGGUCAGACAUCAUGCCAUGUUGUGAUGUUUGCUUAUUAGGUAUGUGCAUUGAUCUAUUCUUGCUAGAUGUGCAACAACAAAUUGAGAGAUAUGAUACUGAUUCCUUUCUUGUUCAGUGUAAAUUUAUUACAUAAACAUGUGGAGGGCACUAUGACUAUAGCAGAGUUGGUGAUAUGAUACUGAUUCCUUUCUUGUUCAAUGUAAAUUUAGUUUGAGGAGAGUUGGUGAUAACCACUUACAAGUUCAUGAAUAACUAAGCAACUGUGAUGCUGAAAAAACAUUUCCUGCUGAGUAUAGUACAACUCCAUAUUUGGCAACCACAUGUCACGAGAACACCUUGAGACCGCUAUUCGCUAAAUACCUGUUACUUUUGUUAUCCUUUGUUCUAUCUUGUUCUGCCUUGUCAUUUUCUAAUUGGGGAAAAGCAAUAAUCCUGUUUGGCUUUUGCUCAAGGGAAUUUUUAUGUACGUACUAUUUCCCCCCUGAUCAAGUAGUUGAUUGAUUUGAAUAUACACAUAUGAUGCAGCACUGGACAUGAAGUACAUCACAAGGGUCAAGGAUUAGGGAGGCUACCCUUCCAUGGCAACUCGUCAACAAGGCCAACGGAGAGGCUCUCAAGCACUCCCUCAGCCAAUCUCACCCUCUACAUCUCUGGGUACAAGAACCAGUUCCAAAACUUCAUCAAGCACCUGUGCAAGAUGGGUGACGAGGUGAAGGUUUUCAAAUGUUGAAGGAGGAGGAGAAUAAGAACUUCUGUGAUGUCUUGUCAUCUACUUUCUUUUCUUUGCUGUAGAAUAGUUUUGUUUGGCACUUACUGGUUCCUUGGACAUAAAGAUAUGUACUGCUAGAAUGAAUGCAUGUAAAGAUAUUUUGGGCUCCUAUAAUAUUCCAUGUUGCUUUGAAAAUGUAUCGGAACUGGGCUAGGCCCAAGAUAACUUGUAGUGUGAUGUGUUGUAAUGUCAAUGGCAUAAUAAAAGAAGUUCGAUUG